ACCUUCAUCUCUUUGCGACCAUUCUGAUUCCCAAUUAUAAUUUCAGAUAGACACACCUCUUUAGCUCUAAGAAUGGGAUUUGAUCAAAGGGAGUUUCACUUAAUGGUUGUCCCAACAAAUGGUGAAAUCAACGCGCCACCGCCACCGCGGAAGAAUUUGAGUCUCAGUGUGGUGGAACCUGAUGAAAAAGAUAUUAAAAUAUCUUCGCAAGAACUGAACAGAAUUUUGACUCAAUAUUUAGAAACAUUGUCCCAUCGGAAAGAAUAUCAUUUAGGUUAUCCAAUUAAUGUAUGUUACGAGCAUCAUGCUGCUUUAGCUCCACUUUUGCAAUUCCACUUGAACAACUGUGGAGAUCCCUUCACUGAGAACCCUAUUGAUUUCCAUUCAAAAGAUUUUGAAGUUGCUGUUUUAGAUUGGUUUGCACAACUCUGGGAAAUUGAAAAGGAUGACUAUUGGGGAUACAUUACCAAUGGUGGCACAGAGGGAAAUCUUCAUGGCCUUUUGAUUGGAAGAGAGCUACAUCCCACUGGGAUAAUAUAUGCAUCCAAGGAUUCACAUUACUCGGUUUUUAAAGCAGCAAGAAUGUACAGAAUGGAGCUAGAAACAAUCAACACUUUAGUUAAUGGAGAGAUUGAUUAUGCAGAUCUGAGCUCAAAGUUACUUCUCAACAAGAACAAACCAGCCAUCAUCAAUGUCAAUAUUGGAACUACCUUCAAAGGAGCUAUUGAUGAUCUUGAUCUGAUCCUACAAAUACUUCAAAAAUAUGGUUAUUCCAAUGAUAGUUAUUACAUCCAUUGUGACGCUGCACUAUAUGGGCUAAUUAUCCCAUUUAUCAAACAUGCGAAAACAAUUACCUUCAAGAAGCCAAUAGGCAGUGUUUCAAUUUCAGGCCACAAAUUCUUGGGAAGUCCAAUGCCUUGUGGCAUUCAGAUGACAAGGAAAAGCUACAUUAGUAGUCUGUCAACAAAAAUCGAGUAUAUUGCUUCCACUGAUGCUACAAUUUCUGGUAGUCGAAAUGGCUUCACACCAAUACUCUUAUGGUACAGUUUAUGCAUGAAAGGCCAUGCCGGAUUGCAACAAGAUGCAAGAAUAUGCAAUGAAAACGCUCGAUAUUUGAAAGGCCGGCUUCAUAAAGCAGGAAUUAGCGCUAUGCUCAAUGAGUUUAGUAUUAUCGUCGUCUUUGAACGACCUAAUGAUCCUAAGUUCACUCGCCAAUGGCAACUGUCUUGCAUAAGAGAUAUGGCACACGUUGUGGUUAUGCCAGGCAUCACCAGAGAAAUGAUAGACAAUUUCUUCAAGGAUUUAAUGCAGGAGAGGGGAAAAUGGUACCAGGUUGGAACAACUGUGCCUCCUUGCCUAGAAGAUGAUAUUGGUUCUCAAAACUGUCUUUGCUGCUAUCGGAAGAUGCGUCAUUGAAUUCUUUAGAAGACAAGACUUGGAACGGUCUUGGAUAUGGAGUAUGUUUUUAUGCUGAGGUGGCUCAAUAAAAUUGGUGAUCAAAUGCCAAAUUUUUAAUAAACCUUAAAUUUAUUAAUUUUUAAUCUUUUUGAGAAAAUAAGUUGGUCUUCCUCUUGAGUUUCA